CGCGACCCCUCAAUCGCCCCGCGAGUUAUUCUUGCGAUCUCACAAACCCAAAUUGACCGAUUGACCGUCAGUGGGAGUCCCCGAAGUCGCAACCAUGGCUGCCAAAUUGAUCGACAGGCGCUUCCAUAACAUCCCAGGGAGGCUUCGUGUGGCGGAGCUUUUCUUUGACGUCCCCGUCAAUUACAGCGCCCCCGAUGCUGGCAACCUGAGACUGUUCGCCCGUAGUGUCCGUCGUCUGGUGACCCCUGUCGAACCCAGCGAUGACAGCAAGGACGAUAAGCAGCUCCCCUGGCUGGUGUACCUGCAGGGCGGUCCCGGCAUGGGGUGUCGUCCCCCGCAGGAAUACGGCUGGGUUGGCACGGCCCUUGACAAGGGCUACCAGGUCUUGUUCCUGGACCAACGUGGUACGGGCAUGAGCUCGACCAUCACGGCGGGCACGCUGGCUCGCCAAGGCAAUGCCAUUAAGCAGGCAGAGUACCUGAAGAACUUCCGCGCAGACAACAUUGUGCGCGAUUGCGAGGCCAUCCGUCGCUGUCUCAUGACGGAUUACCCCGAGGAAAAGCGGAAAUGGAGCAUUAUCGGCCAAAGCUUCGGAGGGUUCUGCGCCGUGACCUACCUUUCCUUGUUCCCAGAAGGUCUAGCCGAGGCUUUCAUGUGCGGUGGACUUCCUCCCCUCGUGAAUGACCCCGAUCCGGUGUACGCACGCACAUACGAAAAGGUCAUCGAGCGGAACAAGGCCUACUACGCCAAGUUCCCCGAGGACGUGGAACGAGUCAAGGAGAUCACCCAAUACCUCAAGGACAAUAAGGUUGCCCUACCGACUGGAACGUUGACCCCGGAGCGGUUCCAGCAACUGGGUAUUCUGUUUGGCAUGCACGGUGGCCUCGACGGCAUCCAUGAUCUCGUGCUCCGUGCCUGGAACGACUUGGACGUCUUCGGCUUCCUCACGCAUCCCACCCUCACCGCUAUCGACAGCUACGGCGGCAUGGAUAACAAUGUCAUCUACGCCAUCCUGCACGAGGCUAUCUACUGCCAGGGAAAACCCUCAAACUGGUCCGCAGACAGAUACCGUGCAUCCAACCCCAACUUCCAGAUCAACUCCACGCAACCCGAGAUCAUCUUCACAGGUGAAAUGAUCUACAAAGACAUGUUCACCUCCUACACGGAACUCUCGCAAAUCCGCGAAGCCGCCGAAAUCCUCGCCAGCACAUCCGACUGGACCCCGCUGUACGACGAAGCGCAACUCGCCAGGAACGAGGUGCCGGUGUACGCCGCGACCUUUAUCGACGACAUGUACGUGCACUUCGACCACGCGCAGAACACGGCCGCCAAGAUCAAGGGCUGCAAGCAGUUUAUUACGAAUGUUAUGUACCAUAAUGCGAUUCGGGCGAAGCCGGAUGAGCUUAUUGGGCAGUUGUUUGCGUUGAGGGAUGAUACGAUUGAUUAAUUGAUUAGGUUUAGGUGGGUUUAGG